AUGGCGGACGAGGAGAGGGGAGAGGCAAGCAAGAAGAAGAGAAAUGAGAAUUUUCAAGUCGUUUUGGUGCACGGCUCGUUGGAGCUGCAGAAGCUGGCGUAUCCGGAAUACCCUGCGAAGAAAAUCCCCGAAAAGGGAGGCUACACCGACAUUACGUGCGUGGACCUGACACCGGAGAUUUUGGUCUUCGGCACCGAACGCGGCACUCUUGUCUACUACUUCUUGGAUGAGACGGGAGCGUGCUUGGCGUACGAAUACUGCCACUGCGAUGGCGGAAUAACCAGACUCUGGGCCCAUUCCGACGGCACGCGUUUGCUCUUCGAGGAUGACCGCAGUUCUAUCUACCUGCACAACCCGUUCAAUGACCAGGCGGUUCUCGUGCCCGUGUACGAGCCUGGAAAAAUCGAUCUUGCAUUGUGGGAUGCCAGUGACGCUCUUGUUUUCGUGUUAUGGAAGGUGGGCCAAGUCUUCGUGUACAUCUAUGCUCCCAUCGACAUCCACUGCCCUCGAGUGACUCUCUUGCAAGCAGCGGUGCUGCCGUCCGAUCUUCGUCCGGUCGCUCUGCGCAAGGGUUCUCUGAGUUGCCACGGGGAGGAUGGCCAAGAAAGCGUCAUACUGCCCACUCAUACAUGGUGCAAGAAGAUCGUCCACAACCCAAAACAAGUGAGGCAGAGGUUCGAGGAACAUCUGGCCCUUCUCCACCUGGAAGAAGCGUUCGCCGAUGCGGUGAUUUUGAAGAAUGCGGAAGCGUGGGAGAUGUUGACGAGUAAAGCGCUGGAACAUAUGAACAUGGAGGUUGCGAUCAAAGCAUGCCAGCAGUCUGGGAAUAUCCAGCUUCUGACGAGUUUGCGGCAAUUGGACAACGUUGAGGAGCUUCUUCUGCUUCGAGGCCACAUUCUCUCGAUCCUUCAAGAGUUCGAUGCCGCACAGGAUUCCUUCUUAAAGUCUACUCGGCCAGAAGCGGCGGUGGAGAUGAGACGAGACCUCGAGCAUUGGGAUCAAGCAAUGACUCUGGCCAAAGAGUUGAAAUCUCCACUGGAGUUUGAAAUUUCGAAACACUACGCUCAAAUGUUAGAGAAAUUGGGAGAUCACCGACAGGCCUUGUCCUAUUACGAGGAUUUUCUGAACUCGAGUAAAGAGGACCCAGAACUGCGGGCCUUUGCCCAGUCUGGUAUUGCAAGGACAUGCAUCCGCCUCGGUGAUAUCUGGAAAGGAAAGCAUUUGGCCUCUGAGUGCCAUGACUCCUUAUUAUACCGUGAGUGUGCGAGAAUACUGGAAGGUCUCAACCUUCAAGAAGAUGCCGCCGAGCUUUAUGUCCAGGAUGGCCAAAUAGAGAAGGCUAUCCUUAUGUACAUCGAGAUCAAGAACUUUUCUAAGGCGCAGUCUCUGUUGAAACGUGUCGAUAGCCCCAAGACUUACGUUGCCUUCGCCAGAGCUCUCGAAGCAGAGAGGAAACUUGCAGACGCUGCAGCAGCUUAUGUGGCGGCUGAAGAUUAUGAGAAUGCUGUUAAAUUGUACCUGGGUCCCCUGAAAAAUCCGACAGAAGCAUUUUCCAUCGUGCGCAAGACCAAAUCUAUGGAGGCUGCCAGUUUGGCAUCGAGAUACUGUAAAAACAAAGGAGAUUAUGUGAAUGCGAUAGAGUUCCUUGUGCUACAGAAGAGGACAAAGGAAGCGAGCGAGCUAGCCCAACAGCAGGGCAAGAUGGAUGUUUACACCGAAAGGGUUGCCGAAGUUGCAUCUAAAGAAGAGUGUCUAAAAUUGGGGAAAUACUAUGAAGCCAUGGGAAACUUUGAGAAAGCCACAGCUAUGUUCGAAAGAUGUGGCGACUCCAAGCAUGCUUUGAAGCUGUACCUGUCCUGGGGUAUACCCGAGGCUAUAGGGCAAGCCAUUAACAUGGUGGGAAGGCAGAAAGAUGAUGGACUCACAAAUCAACUCCUCGAGUUUCUUGCAGGAGAUACGGAGGGCUCGUACAAUACUCAGCAACACCUGUUCCGCCUCCAUAUGGUGCUGGGAAACCACGAAGCAGCUACCAAGGCCGCUCUUCUUAUAGCUAAAAACGAACAAGAGAUGGGAAAUUACAAAAACGCUCACCAACAGCUCUUGGACUUUUGCAAAGUGAUGAAGAGCGAGAACAAAUACAUUCCGUAUGACCUAUCCAAGCAGUUGAUGCUACUCCACUCGUACACGUUAGUGAAGACCCUCAUUCGCCUCGGAGAUCACAGAUCAUGUGCGAGACUUCUCAUACGAGUGGCAAGACACAUUUCCAACUUCCCUGCCCAUGUUGUACCUAUCCUCAUCUCCACGGUUAUUGAGUGCCAUCGAUCGGGUUUGAAGAAGACUGCUUUCGAGUACGCAACUAUGCUUAUGCGUCCUGAAUAUAGGACUCAGAUUACGAGCGCUUAUAAGAGGAGAAUUGAAUCUAUAGUGCGAAAGCCAGAGAAGACCGAGGAAGAUGAAUCCUUGACCCCAUGUCCCUUUUGCUCGUUGGAUAUUCCGGAGACACAGCUGGAAUGUCCAAGUUGUAGGAACUACCUACCUUUCUGCAUUGCAUCGGGUCGACACCUAAUCUCCGGUAACUCUACUCGUUGUCCUGCUUGUAAGUUCCCGGCGCUCUUAACUGAGUUUACCAGGCUCAUCGCAGCUGAAAAGACUUGCCCUAUGUGCCAUGAGGAGGUGGCCGUGGAUGACAUAGUGGAGCAGCCAUUUUCCUUGCUUUAG